UUGUUUGCGUAACAAUCACUUUAAACCGGGGGCCGCGACAAAGUGUCUAGACGCACACGUGAUCGACCGCGCCAAUGCGCAGCCAAACCAAGGGCUUGUAAAUUUCAACCCUUGUGUCAGUUUCAGCCAGGAGUCCGGAGGCUCGCAGAAAUCCACAGGCGGAUUGGAGUAGGAGCUGCAAACGGCGACAAACUCUCGGGUUAUCUUUUUUUUUUCCUUCUUCCAACCCCACCUCGGAUGAUUUAAAAAAAUAUAUAUCAAUGUAUAAAGAAAAGGGAUUAAGUUAGUAGUGGGAAAGCGACAACCAGGAGCACGUUCAAGUCGAGCUGAAGAGAGAGAGAAGGCAGGAACAUAUUAAACCAAAAAAAAAAAAGACACUGCCUGUAUAUCCGUGAACGCGGAAAGGAAGACGGGAGAACGAAGGAAGAAAACGAUCUUCACAGUCAUUUAAAGAGCCUUGCCGGCGGAUUAAGGGUUUGGAUUAAUCUAUCCAAAAACCUAGGAAGGAACAAGGGACCGCUUGGUUUACGUUUCAAUGGAUACAUAUUCUUGGUUACAUUUUUUCUACUUUAUAUCGGUGGGUUACAAUGCAUGAUUGUAUCUUUGGGGAGCCGCACUAACCCAUCUCCCCAUUUAUAUAUAUUUAAUUGCAGCAUUGUUUAAACCAUUUUUUUCCCCGAAUCUUUUAUUUUUAAAUCCCUAAAAAAAAAACCAAGGGGGUGGCGUAGCUACGGAUUCGUGCGGCUGUUACUGUGUUGUUGCCAUCGGGAACAGGCUGGAUUCAUGUUUUGCGGGUAUGUUUUUGCUGUACCUGGCUGGAUUUUAGCAGAUUUCUCUCUGGCGGAGCUUCAUCUCGCAUGUUCAGGACGAAACGAUCGGGUCUUGUCCGGCGACUUUGGAGAAGCCGUGCGUUGGGAGAAGCAGACGGGCAGACGGAUAACGAGGGCGAUGCAAACCGGGGAGGAGGAGGAGGGGGAGGAGGAGGCGGCAGCGGCAGCAGUAGCGGUGGGUGCUGCGGGGGCAAAGGGGCGAAAUACACCACCUCCGACCCCGAAUUGAAAACCCUUACUCACUCGCUGCUGAAAAAACUGAAGGAGAAGCAGUUGGAAUUAUUGCUGCAAGCGGUGGAUAGUAAAGGGGGAGCCCGAACCGGCUGCCUCCUCUUGCCCAGGAUGAUCGAACCUAAACUCAGCAAACAAACUUACUCCCUACCGGUACUGAUCUGCAAAGUCUUCCGCUGGCCUGAUCUAAGAAACUCUUCGGAACUGAAAAGACUCUAUUGCUGUGAAUCAUACGGAACCAACAACCCGGAUUCCGUCUGUUGUAACCCACACCACCUUAGCAGACUCUGUGAAUUCGAGUCACCCCCGCCUCCCUAUUCCAAAUUCCCAAUGGACUCUCUCAAACAGUCUGCAGAUUUGCCAGGCUCUGUGCCUCCCUCGACUGAAACUGGGGGAACUCAUUAUACGGCUCCUGGGGGGCUUUCAGAAUCCCAAAUAAGUCAGGAGCUGGGAAGUCAGUCGCACUGGUGUGUUGUUGCAUAUUGGGAGGAGAGGACACGAGUUGGGCGUCUGUACACUGUCCAAGAACCCUCCCUCGAUAUCUUCUACGAUCUACCUCACGGGAAUGGUUUCUGCCUGGGACAGUUAAACUCGGACAACAAGAGCCAGCUGGUGACCAAGGUCCGGAGCAAAAUCGGCUACGGCAUCCAGCUGAGCAAAGAACCAGACGGGGUGUGGGUCUAUAAUCGCAGCAAUUACCCGAUCUUCAUCAAGUCAGUCACACUGGACAACCCGGACUCCAGAACGUUGCUGGUGCACAAAGUGUUCCCGGGCUAUUCCAUCAAGGCUUUUGACUACGAGAAGUCUUACACCUUGCAGAGACCCAACGAUCAUGAUUUUACACACGAGCCGUGGUCUGGGUUCAGCAUUCAAAUUAGUUUUGUAAAAGGCUGGGGCCAAUGCUACACGAGACAAUUCAUAACCAGCUGUCCUUGCUGGAUGGAAGUGUUCCUCAAUAACCGAUAGAGUGGAGUUAUUAACGGACUCGGAUUCAUCAGAGAUGCUUUCAAUGAAAAGUAAUGAGAUUUAAUAAAAGAAAAGUGUAUUUUAUGUUAUAUAUAAAUAUAUUAUAUUACUUGUAAAUAUGAAGACGUUUUAUAGCAUUAUUUAUGUAUUGUGCAAUGUGUAAACCGGAUAAUUAAAAAUGCACUUUGCUUAAUAAAAAUGCAAAUAAGAUGAAAAAACGCCAAAAUUUAAAUAACACAAAUUGGUGUUCUUAUGGGUGCUGAAACCAAGAAGAAUGUUUUUUUAAAUAGAGGAGUUUAUGUUCAAGUGGAAAAAUAAAAUUGUACACCUGAUUUAAAAAAAA